AUGAAUCUGACACCAAAGUACGUCACCUUGAAUUGUAAAUCUAGCUCACACAGCGCCCGUAGAGCUGUCUCAUUGGCGACAAAGUUAUGGAUUCAACAUGAAAUAAGAAGACACUACUCAACCUUAGCUUCCUUAGAACAAAAGCUGAAGUUUCUCUACUUUGAGUUGGCGAAGAGACUGCAUAAUGCUGAAUUUUCAUGUUUAUUUAAGCACAUUGAUGAGCACGUUUCGAGAAAGGGUAGAGUUCACAAGAGGUCCUUAAAUUUGAAGAUUGACAAUUUAAUUUACACUCAGUCUACCAGGACAGAAGAUAGAAGGUCCAGGCAACACGAUCCACCCCAUCAGUUCCACCCUAGAUUUCUUAACUUGAGCAGUGUGUCACUUUCUGAGGGUGACGUUCAGGUGCUGAACCUUGGCUUGAAGUUCAAUUUCUACCACCAUAGAACUGAUUUUUGCAUUGAACAGCUGAUGGUUGACUGCGAGAGGGUCAUUCAGAGUACGACAGUCGAAGAAUCGAACGCUUUAAGAGCCCAGAUCACUAGCAAACUCAACAAGUUUCGGGUUGGUGAGUGUUCCACCACGAGAAGGGGUCGAGAUGUCAUGAUUGAGAAGGUGAAAUCUUUAAAAAAGAAGGUAAUAGAUAAUGAACUCAUUAUAACAAAGGCAGAUAAAGGUAAUUGCAUUAUUCUGAUGUCGAGGGUGGAUUAUAGAGAGAAAGUCUACCAUCUACUUAAUGAAAACAAAUUUCACGAAUUACCGUAUAACCCGACCAACAAAUUCAUAGCCAAGAUGAAGUUGACUUUAAAAACCUGUCAAGAAGCUUCACACUUGUUAAACCCCAGUAGACAAAAUAUCCUCCCGAUGAACCCCACAACCCCACUCCUUUAUUGCUUACCUAAAAUCCAUAAACCCAAUUGCCCGGUCAGACCUAUUGUAUCCUUCACAGGUUCCCCGGCCUCCAAGUUGUCUCACAUGUUUUCUACCUUUCUCCCAUCAUGUUUGAAGUUUGAAAGCACGUUUUCGAUUGAAAAUUCGUUAGAGCUUUCUUCUAGGUUGGUGAACUUUACUAUUCCUUCGGAUUGCGUGCUCGUUUCUUUUGAUGUCGUUAACCUUUUCCCUAGUAUCCCUCCAGAUGAAUGUUUGGAGAUAGUACGACAAUUACUCUUUGAAAAAUCUGGCCUUCACACUCAUGUAAUUUUAGAUUUGUGUACUUUAUUAGACCUUGUCCUUAAACAGAACUUCUUUCAGUUCGAGAAUAAAUAUUACUGUCAAGUUGAUGGGUUGUCUAUGGGUUCCAACAUAUCACCGUUUUUAUCCGAAGCAUUCAUGUCAAAAUUUGAACAAAACUUGUCUAGAACAAGUUUAUUCCUUAAGCACAUCUUGAAGUGGUACCGUUAUGUCGAUGAUGUUUUUGCCAUUUUUAGGGGCACCCAUGGUCAACUGAUGAGUUUCCUCGACUUGUUGAAUAGUCUUCACCCCUCCAUCAAAUUUACGUGCGAGCUGGAGGUGAAUGACCGUUUGCCUUUUUUAGAUCUGAUUAUUGAGAGGGAUAAUUGCAGUUUGAAUUUUGAUAUUUUCCGGAAGCCAACAACUACUGAUUCCGUAAUACCUUUCACAUCCAACCACCCGUACAGUCAAAAAUUCUCUUCAUUUCAUUCCAUGUUCCAUAGAUUGUUCAACAUCCCUCUUAGUCCCUCCAAUUUUCAAAAGGAAUUGUCAAUUAUAAGACAGAUUGCGGAAGGAAAUGGUUACCCUGAGCGCGCAAUUGAGAGAAUAUACCGAAGACACAUGAACAGGCAGCUGAAUAGGUCUCUCACAGAUGGAAUUCAACAGAAGACCUAUAGAAGCUUGAGGUUUUUUGGACAGAUAUCAGUAAGCAUCGCAAAACUGUUUAGUGCUCACACAGAAAACACUCUGAUUACCUUCAAAACGGUUAAUACCCUGGCUAAACAUCUACUCAACACUAAAGAUAAAAUACCCAUCACACAAAGGUCUGGAGUUUACCAACUUUUUUGCUCCCAACCCCAAUGCAAUAUCACUUACGUAGGUCAAAGUGGGAGGAGAAUAGAAACAAGGGUUGGUGAACAUCUGAAACAUAUAGAGAAAAACAGAGAUAAAGAUAUCGUCAACACCCCAUCACAGUUCGCCAACCACAUCUUAGAGUCAGGCCAUACUUUCGAUCCAAGAACUGGUGUCAAAGUUUUGCAUGUUUGUGAGAAGAGUCUUCAAUUGGAUCUUCUGGAGAUCUUGGAAAUCAACAGAGCGUUGAGGUCUCAAGAAUAUAACUGCGUCAAUGAGCAGAUUAACUUUGACUGUUCAACUUUUUUCAAUUCUAUACGAGGUGCCUGA